CUCGCCACAGCCGUUUACACGCAUUCCUCGGGGGUCUGGACCGAAGCGUUGCAGCGCGCUUCGUACAGUCUGAAUUUCCAUUUUUGGAUUCUUCCAAAGCUCACGAGACCGGUCUGCUAGGACCCUGCCCUUGGCUUUCCGGCUUGACUGUGCCGGAUCGUGAACUAACAUUAUUUAAAGAGAGUUCGUUCCACGAUAGUUUUCCAAUUGAAUCAUCUUCGCUUUCAUCUAAUAUCCGAUACUCCCGUGUGUGCUGGUAUUACGCUCAUAUUAAUAUACAUUCAUCCUCGCUUCAUUAUCAUCAGCUCUUCCAUUGAUACCUUAUUGUUUAAUACCUCCACUUGCAAUGUCUGUCACCAUCGAAACCACCGACGUUCCCACUGCCCCUAUGUCUUCCGACCCUAUUCUGCUGGGACAGAAGUCCAGAAUGCCCGAGUUCAGCCUCGCCGGCAAGGUGGUGCUAGUCUCAGGUGCUGGCCGUGGUCUCGGAUUGACUCAAGCGGAGGCCCUUCUGGAAGCCGGCGCAAAAGUCUAUGCCCUUGAUCGUCUCGAGGACCCGGCUCCCGAAUUCAUCCAGGUCCAGCGGCGCGCAAAGGAACUCGGCACCGAGCUGCAUUACCGUCGUAUCGAUGUACGUGACACAGAGCUCCUCAACAGCGUGGUCGAGGGUAUCGCCAACGAGGAAGGCCGCAUGGACGGUCUCAUUGCCGCCGCGGGUAUCCAACAGGAGACCCCGGCACUGGAGUAUUCAGCCAAAGACAGCAAUACCAUGCUCGAAGUCAACGUCACCGGUGUGUUCAUGACCUCGCAGGCAGUGGCCAAGCAAAUGAUUCGCUUUGGGAACGGAGGUAGUAUCGCUCUGAUCGCCUCUAUGAGUGGCACUAUUGUCAAUCGGGGCCUUAUUUGCCCCGUUUACAACGCUAGCAAGGCAGCCGUCAUCCAACUUGCUCGCAACCUCGCCGCUGAAUGGGGCCAGUACAACAUCCGCGUCAACACUAUCUCUCCGGGUUACAUUGUCACGUCUAUGGUUACGAACUUGUUCGUUCAGUUUCCUGAGCGCGAGGAACAGUGGCCCAAGGAGAACAUGCUUGGUCGUCUCUCUCGUCCCGAGGAGUACCGUGGUGCUGCGGUCUUCCUGCUUAGUGACGCUAGCUCGUUCAUGACUGGUAGUGACCUGCGCAUGGAUGGUGGCCACGCCGCGUGGUAGAUUGACGGCGAUGACUUGCUUUUGGAAUAUGAUCAUCCCACGUCCUGAUUUAGCUGGUAUUUCAUUGCAUGGCGUUGCUCUUUUCUUCUUUUGUUUUUCUUUUUCUUUUUGAUCUAAAUUAGGUUUGGGUCCUUAUGUCAUGGGUUAGGAUAGGAGGAAUAGCGAAGCGAGACUUUGGACAGCGGUACUUGUAAUUGGUUCUGAAGUACACGGUUGCUGUCAUUAUGAUGCUAGACUACAAAACGAUCACUCUAAUAUUUC